AUGGGCGGCGCCGCUACCAAUCCCAGUGCGCCGUCGCUGAAUCCAAACUGGGUAGUACUGAAGCAGAGGUUGAAAGUGGGGCGCUCAGGUUCCUCCCACCCCGAUCCCGACGAAGCUGGAAAGCCACCGUCGGUGUUAGGUACUCACCGGGGGUUCUCAUUUUUGUUUUUAUCUUGUUCAGUUCCAUCAUCGUCGCCUCGCAUUUCCCCCUCUUCGAUGAUGAGAUAUCCAUGUGCUCUCUGGCGCAGGGAAACGCAAGGAGAGGUCUGAAGCUGAGUCGGAGGCCGCUCCGGCUGUUUCGGCUACUUUGUCCCCAUCAGAGGUUCUGAAGCCCACGUCUACGGAUUGCAGGUAGAUUGUACGUUUAUUUUCCUUAGUUAUUCUCAGGUUCGCGGCCCUUCGAAUUGCUAGUUUCACAUCAUUCGUCUCAGUCUGACAGAUGCACUAGCAAUGGAUUGUGAGAUGGUGGGGGUGGGCUCUCAGGGAACCAAGAGUGCUAUUGGAAGGAUUGCACUGGUGAGUCUAGUAUACUAAACUUUUUCCCCUAGUCUAGUACUAAACCUCUCUGCUGCUUUUAGUCAACUUCUGUUCCAUUUAUUUUCUUCGUUUACACCGCUGAAGGCCAGGAAGGAUGCGUUAGAGUAAUUCAAUUAGCGAGGUGAUUAGUUUUAAUGGACAUCUUUCGCAGGAUUUUUACAUGAACGGAACUAGAACAAUUGCCUUAAUAUUGCUUUCAAAUAAAAUUCUUCAGAGUCAGAAAAAGGGUGCAUAGGUCGUGUGUCAUCUCGCUCCUUCAGUAUUCAAGGGUAUCAUAUGGACAUGGAAAUGGAGGUUUAGUGCUAAACUAGGGUGAUACUCAGCUUGCAACUAUCCAUAAGCAAAGCCAACGAUGUACUUUGCUAACUAUACUUCUCUUUUCUUCUAGCCCGAAUCUAGCCUUCGGAAUGUCAUAAAUUUGGAGGUCGUUAGUAAAGAGUGGAGGAAAGCAUCUACACUAGAUCAUGUUUUUUAUAAUAAAAGUUUUAUGUGGAUAUCACCUGGAUUUUUGGUUGCAUUGUGACGAGAAUGGGUUUCUUCUUCCAUCAGGUCUCUCCAUCAGAUGUCAAAAGUGAGCAUAACCUGAAGAAAUUUUCUAGUAUUUUCUUAGCAAGCAAUCAUUCGCCUCAUUUCUUCAAUCGUAUUUCUUUCAAAUCAGGGCAUGUUACGUGCAUUAUGGAACUGCUCGAGGAUACGGAGUUUUCAUCCUUCGUCACUUCCCCUGCAUAUCAACUUUUUAAAUGUUAACUAAUAGAAGUUUUUAGUCCCAGAAUAUCCUCAUUCUUAGCCAUAAAUCAAUUAGAGCAUAUUUUUCUUUUAUUUUUUCUUCACAACCCUGUUGGUUCUUGAUGCUGAUUCCGGAAAUUAUGGUCACCUUUGUUAUAUUUCGUAUUUUCUUCCAACCUUUAUUUACGCAGGUAAAUGCAUGGGGAAAUGUGGUGUAUGACGAAUAUGUCCGUCCUCUAGAGCGUGUCGUUGAUUUCCGGACAAGAAUCAGUGGCAUACGAGCCGUGCACUUACGGAAAGGUCAGUUUAUAUUCUGUGAAGAAAAUUAAAAUUCUGCAACCCAUGCAUUGUGCAGUUGUCUUCUACCUGGGUUUACUUUGCAUUUGGCAUAAUCGUGAGAUCUUAAUUCUCGUGAACUACACAAUAUGUAAUUUUUCAGGCCGCCCAUAGAUCUAAGGUUUCCUAGGUGGCAUCGUCCAUGUUGUGUGGGAUUCUGUAGUUACAGAAAAAUUUAGGGUCUCUCAGCUAGUCAAGUCUUUCUGCUCAAAAUAAUUAAAUCAUUUAGGAUUUUGCGUCACAGAUAAGGUGGAUUAUUUGCUUGACAUUUGUGCAUUGACUGCAGCGAAGGACUUCAAAUCGGUUCAAAAUGAUGUCUCAGUGUUCCUCAAAGGGAGGACACUCGUUGGUCAUGCUUUACAUAAUGAUCUCAAGGUGUGCUGUGCUAUUGGCAGGUUCUACAUGUAUAUUAGCUUUUCGUGAUAUUACAGAUAUGGAAGUGAUUUUAUCUAGAUUUUCACCAGGCGUUGCUACUGAGCCAUCCCGGAAGCGAUGUAAGGGAUACUGCUGAAUACCAACCCUUUCUUAGGUUUGUAAUCCUUCAUUUUCUUUAACCUUGAAUCAAGCUGUUGGGUACUCAGUGAUCUGGUGUUGUUCAUAAACCUGAUGUCCAUCUGUGAUGGGUUUUCUCCUAUUAUAUAGAACAGAGAAAUUUCUUCUUACUCUCUCCAUAAUCGUCUCUUCCAGUAAUUUAUGAUCUGGCUGGGGAAAUAACUAUCAUGCACUGUAUAUGUUUAAUAGUGGAGAAGGUCGCAGAAGAGCUCUGAGGGAUCUUGCAGCUCAGAUUCUUGGCAUCACUAUUCAACAAGGGGAGCAUUGCCCAGUAAGUUAGUCUUAUGUUUGAGGAAACCCAUCUGCUUCUCUGUAACUUAUGUGGAAGGCCUGGUCAUUGGCUGAGAAAAUUCACAAGUUCAUCGAUCCCCGUUCUGUUUCCAACAUUCGGAAAGUGCACUGUUAGCUUACUCCAUGUUGCUCUGCGAUUAGAAAAAUUGGGGUUAAUGCCCGACAUUAUAUGCCUGGCCCAACUUGUUUGCAGGUUGAGGAUGCAAAGGCGGCCAUGUUGAUCUACCAAAAGCAUAAGAAGACAUGGGAGAAGCACAUGAAAAGGCAGUUGAAGCUUAAAAAGAAGAUAAAGGAUGGCCGUAGGAGAAACAGAAAGAAGAAAGAGUCAAUAAACCCUGAUCCUUAA